AUUAAAUAGCAAUGAAUUGCAUUUACUUUCAAAGCCUAUAAAAAUUGAAGAUACAUUGAGUUGACCCUACCAUCCACCCCUUUAGAGGCGGUAAUCUACAGACCCAAACUUUUCCCACCGCUACCUUCAAAAUCUUCCCCCCUAAACUCCAUCUCUCACUUCACCAUCAAUGCCUCUUACACUCAUUUGAACCCAGAAAUUCCUAGAACUAGUCUCUGUCUGAAUUACCUUCAAGAAAAAGAAAAAAAAAAAAAAAACAGGUGAAAAAAUGAAGUUUCUUUCUCUUCUAAAAAGAAGAUCCUCUUCUUCUUCAUGGGGCUUUCCCUAUUGUCACCCACCCCAAACCCUUUCUUUCAGAGCCAACCAAAACGAUGUCUUAUUCAAAACCAUGAAUUCAGCCUACAUAGACUCCCCCACUACUGCCACCACUAUUACCUCUGUCACUGCCACCACCAACACUCCUAGCACGGAGAUUCAGGAAAGCACCGAAUCGGUUUUCACUGAAUCUCCCAACUCCCCCUCCAUCAUCGCCGCCACCACCACCAACACUACUAACACGGAGAUUCAGGAAAUCACCGAUUCCGUUUUCACUGAAUCUCCGUUGUCAGCGAGUUUCUCAUCGAUUUCUGACAAUGACUCGAGGGGUGGUGCGGACCAAAUUGAUAUUCUGAUCCGCGGUUUGCGCGAUUUAGAUCGGCUUUUCGUUGAGCCAGAAAAGUCCAGCUCCAUUUUUGAGGCCAAAAUUGGGGCUUCAGAAAGCUUUGCGUCCUCGCCGUUCAGAGACAGCUUGGUGCAGCCGGUGGAUUCCGGAGACCCUUACUGGGAUUUCCGAAAUUCCAUGGAGGAGAUGGCGGAGGCUCACGGUGUCAACACCUGGGAGGAUCUCGAGGAGCUUUUGUAUUUGUUCUUGAGGCUGAAUGAGAAAACCAAUCAUGAGUACAUUGUGGAUGCUUAUGUUGAUUUUUUGAAGGAUCUUGCGGUUGAUUCCAACGAUCCUUGCCCUUCUCCUGCAUCGUGUGGUGGUGAUCAGAAGGAGGUUCAUGCUCGUGCCCCUAGUUUUUCUCCUUGGCUGUUUGAACAAGUGAAAAAAGAGAUUGGACCUGAAGAUGAGGCUUCUUCGUCUUCAUAUUCAAACACCUGA